AUGGCUAGACGAGCACCAGAGCGGACCAAACCUCUGGAACUCCAAGACAGAGAGCUAAAUAUAGCUGUAUACCUGAAAUAUAGGAGCCCCACAGGCGACAUCCCUACUCACCCUCCAACAGAGACUACCAUGGGGUGCAAAAAUAGGAAAAACCAGCCACCAGCGACCCCGAGAAAGCCGGACAUAAGGCUCUCCUUUGAGAGACCUGCAGCCGUGACCGCGGCUCCCGCCAAAAUGGCGCCAGUGGCCCAGGCUGAAGAGGAGGCCUCAGAAGCAUCCCAGGAGGAGGGAGACAUAUCCACCUCACCUGAACCGGGAGAAGACUACCCAGAAACGGACUCCGACCCAGUGACUAAAGGAGACAUUAAAAACCUCCUGCAAGACAUAAG